GAAGGUUUGUCUGCAGUUUCUCUCACUACGGGACGAAACUGACAGAGCAGCUUCAGUUCCUCUGCACUGUGUUUAGAUGAUCCGUGGAGACGACUCUCGGCUUGAAAACGCCGCGGCCGUUACCGUUUCCAGUUCGACGUCUGCAUGGCAUAAAUCGUUUUACGCUUGUUUUGGAUCUUGCUCAGCGACGAGGAGAUAGUCGUUGUAUUUGAGCUGUGUGUGUGUGUAUGUGUAUGUGUGUGCGUGUGUGUGUGUGUGUGUUGUUGUUUUUUUCUUGUGAAACCUGGACGCUCCCGGCUGUUUGAAAAAUAUUCUCUUUCUUUGGUGGAAAAUGUCAGAUGUUCGACUUUCAAACGGGAGCCCGACGCUGGAGCGGACGGACCCCCGGGUGUCGGAUCACCCGAAACCGUCAGCCUGCAGAAGCCUCUUCGGCUCGGUGGAUCACGAAGAGUUAAAGAGGGAUUUAAAGGGACAUCUGCGGGAGAUGGACGAUGCUGCCUCCGCCAAGUGGGGCUUCGACUUCGCCAAUCACAAGCCGCUGGCCCACGGCAGGCUGGAUUGGGAAUUAGUGGAUUGUAGAGACCUACCGGAUUUCUACAGCAGACAGCCUCGGAGGGAGAAGGGCGUCUGCUCCGCUGGGAAUAACAAUGUGGAUCUAAACGGGAAUCAUAACUGUGUUGUGGUGGCUCCGAGCGAAGACAUCGAGAGGUCUGAUGGGCAGAUGGAGUGCACGGAGCAGUGCACCGGGAUGAGGAAAAGACCUGCAUGUCACGACCCCUCGGCCCAAAGUAAGAGGUCACACACCAGCUCAGAGGAGGUUAGCUGUCCGAGCCUGAGCCACUCUGCAGAACACACACCCAGAAAGGACCAGUCCCAAGAGGCAAACGUGAGGACGAGACGACGAGCCGAAGAUGUAUUUCCCCUUUUACAUGGGGAAACCUCAGUGUUGGCCGAUUUUUUUUCGGAAGAGGAACUACACAGCAUCAGAAACAUAUCAACUCUCCUGAAGACGGGGGAGGACGCUGUUGAAGCACUGAAUAGAAACACUAAAGUUGUGGCACUCAAUUAAAGUUACUGCCUCUAAAAGCAGUCAAUGUAGCAGUGUGCAAUUAGGUUUGAUUUCCUUUUUUGCUCCUUUUUUACUACCUGUGUGUAAAUAAAUAUAUAUUAUAUUUCUCUCCAUAUGUAGCACAUAAGAAAACAUGAUUUGAAAACAAAUCCUUUAUGUAAAAAGGUGUGAAUUUUGAUUUGACUUGAAGAAUUGCAGUGUAGUUUGAUAAAUGUUUCCAAAAUGCUGUUGUUGUUUUUUUUUUUGGGGGGGGGGGGGGGGGGGGGGUUGUUUUUGUUUUUUCGUUUUUUUCUGAAAGGCAGUGUGACUUUGACACGGUCCCUAACUGCUACAAUUUUUUUUAACACAAAAUCAUGGCUUCACAAAACAGUGUCUCUUCACUCCGUCAUCUUCCUAACUCAGCAGUGAAGAACGGUACAAAUGUAGCUCAUCUGUUUGUUUGUUUUAUUAUUUUUUUUCCUUCCUCUGGUCAUUUCAGUGUCACCAAGUGCAGGUUCUCCUAUUACAUCUAUUUCCCCAGGAAAUCAACACAGAAAAAAAGUAAUAUUUCUGUAAGGAAUAUCUUUAAAUCACCCAGUAUUUAUUUUGUGAUAGAGAUGCUUUUAGCAUCAGUUGAAUCCUGGAAUAUGAUUUUUUUUUUUUUCUCAAGUUCUCCUGCACACCAUUACAGCCACGUUGUAAUGGUGUGUGAUUGAUUUCCUCUGGAGUUGUGAGGUACUCAGAUAUUGAAGGACAAAGACCAUACAAACUGCACAGGUUGUGUUGUGUAAAUUCAUCCUCUCGUUGACUGUAUUCCUAUUGUUUGGACAGCCUUACUGCUCUGCAGAGAGGAGGUUUUCUGAAAUGGGUUGAAUGUCCUACAAUACCAAAUACAUGGUUGCUUCAGUAUGGUUGCCAGCACUGCCAGUGCUCCUUAAUUGACUUCACAUUGUAUUACUUUGUGAUAACCUAGACUUAAAUCUACAUUUUUGUUUGUACUUUUUUUUUUCCACCAAUGUUGUUAGCCUGCUGAGGAUGCAAAUGUGAGCAUCUAAAAGCUUCCCUUUAUUUGCCUAAAGUGUGGGUUAUAUUCAAAGAGACCAGUGUACAGCUGGAUGAGGAGAGGAAACAGCUUGUCUCAGAGAUGCAGUCACCAUGCCUGUGUAUUUGUGUAAAUCUUUACAAUGUACCUAUGUACAUAAUUUUGUAAAACACUGAGAAAUUAUACUAACUUAUUUAUGUCAAGCUUUUUUAAUGUAGAAUAAAAAAUGGGUUUUUGAUUACGGUUAUCCAAAGUGGCAUUUACUUUAUUAUAAUUGUCUUAUUUUGUAAAAGCAUAUUUUUGGUAGUUUUUUUUUCUUAUCAAUAAGGUUGCAAACUGAGCCUGAUAAAAUAUUUGAUGUGCAUUUUGUAAUGUGUGGUUAUAAAAUGUGUUGCAAUCAAUUAAAAAGAUAAA